AUGGACAGUCGACAAGAUGGCACCGAGAGCGCCAGCUCAUGGUUGCCCAACAGCCUCCGCAAAUCGACCGAUUCGAAAGACCAAGAACCUGACGAGACAACUUCUCUUCUCCCAAAGCCUCAAGAUGAGCCAACGAUUGGAGAAGUCGAUGACUUCGAUUUCGAAGGCAAGAGCAGAACCCAACUUGUCAUUCAUGAGUUUUGGGUUCUGCUGAAUGGUUCAAUCCCUGUCUUCCUCGCAUACAUGCUGCAGAACUCUCUACAGACUAUUUCGGUCCUCGUCGUUGGACGAUUGAGCCCUGAAGCUCUGGCAGCUGCUGCUUUCUCCUAUAUGUUUGCCAUGGCGUCAGGUUGGCUCAUUGCACUGGGAGGUACAACAGCCAUCGACACCCUUGCGUCUGCGAGUUUCACUGGAAGCAAAGACAAGCAUGAUCUGGGCAUCAUUCUCCAGAGAGCAUUGUUCGUCCUUGGUCUGUUGUACAUUCCAGUCGCCAUUCUCUGGUUGUGCUCAAAACCUGUCUUCAUGGCCCUUGGCCAAGACGAGCGCCUGUCUGAAGACAGCAGCAGGUUCCUUAGUGUACUUGCACUUGGUGGACUCGGAUAUAUCUAUUUCGAGUGUCUGAAAAAGUUUUUGCAAGCUCAAGGCAUAAUGAGACCAGGCACGUAUGUGCUUCUCAUCACCUCGCCGGUAAACGCAGGCCUGAACUACCUCUUUGUGUAUACUUGCAAGAUGGGUCUCCUUGGAGCACCUCUAGCCACAAGCAUAUCAUACUGGUUGUCUUUCUUGCUUCUGCUGGCCUAUGCACGCUUCGUUGCGGGCUGGGAUUGCUGGGGUGGAUGGUCGAAAAAAGCAUUCCAGAACAUGGGCACGUUCACAAAACUUGCACUUCUCGGAGUCGUCCACGUAGGAACCGAGUGGUGGGCUUUCGAGAUUGUGGCUCUCGCUGCAGGCAAGCUUGGAACAAUUCCCCUGGCUGCACAAUCCGUCAUCAUGACCACCGAUCAAGUUCUCAACACUAUCCCAUUCGGCGUUGGAGUUGCGACAUCAGCGCGUGUAGGCAACUUGCUGGGAGGCAGAGACGCCAAAGGUGCAGCCCGAUCUGCCAACGUUGCUGCCUGGCUGUCAAUGAUCCUCGGAGCACUCGUCCUUGCCCUUUUGAUGUCGGUCAAGAACUUCUACGCAAAGAUCUUCAAUGACGAUCAGGAUGUUAUCAAUAUGACUGCAGAAGUCAUGCCUUGGGUCGCUCUGUUCCAGAUCGCUGAUGGACUGAACGGCUCUUGCGGUGGAUCACUUCGUGGUAUGGGACGACAGCAUGUAGGUGCUCUCGUCAACAUGAUCAGUUACUACGCUGGCGCUCUGCCUCUGGGAAUCUGGCUUGCUUUCCAUGGCUGGGGUCUGGCUGGUCUGUGGAUUGGCCAAUGUAUCGCGCUAUACCUCGUCGGUUUCGGCGAGUGGGCGAUCGUUGCUUGGAGUGAUUGGAACCAUCAAGUUCGCAAGGCCUUUGAGAGAAUGGAGCAUGAAGAACAAGUGGAGUCUGGUUUGGCCGACAAUGUCGAUGGCUAUCAAGGAGAGGAGAGCCGAUAA